AUGGGAUGGGAGGAAUGCAUGGAGGGAAGGCUCUUUAGCCUCAGCGCCUACAUCAAACAAGCAGCCCAACAUCCUCCCUCUGCAUUCACGGGUAGCCUAUCUGUUCUGCGCACAAGGCUGGACCUGCGGCUCUCACGCACAACUUUCUGAUUCAAAGUGGAUUACUUCUGGCAAAGUUUUACAGACACUUUGCGACUGGAUUAUUACUGGGACUCCUUUUCCACAAUGGCAAGAUAUCCGUGUUAAGUGUGGAUUAGACGGUGGCAAAGCAAUUUAUCAUAAAUGAUCUACAUGAAUUGAUGGCACCCCAACUUGUGUCAGAGGAUUAAAAGCAACCACGCCUACUCCAUCACAAUGCAGGCUCUAAGCUUGGGACCAUCGUGCCUGCGGUGGAAACUCCUGGCUCUAGUGUUUGUUUUGGCUAUGAUAAUGUCUACAGCGCGCGCCUGCCCGAGGUCCUGCGCGUGCUACGUUCCCACUGAGGUUCACUGCACUUUCAGAUAUCUUGCCGCAAUACCACGGGAUGUUCAGCCGGUUGUGGAACGAAUUAACCUGGGAUACAACAGUCUUACUGUACUGAGAGGAGAUGACUUUACUGGCCUGGAAAGUCUGGAACUAUUAAUGCUUCACAGUAACACCAUAAGUGAUAUUGAAGACAGAGCUUUCAGUGACCUGAAGUCUUUGCAAGUGCUCAAGAUGAGCUACAACAAACUCAGAGAGAUCAAGAAAGAGACAUUCAGCGGCCUUCACGGUUUAAUCCGCCUACACAUCGACCACAACCAGAUUGAGUUCCUCAACCCGGAGGCCUUUUACGGCCUGACCAACCUGCACCUGGUGCACCUGGAAGGCAACCUCCUGCAGCAGAUCCAUUCAGACACCUUCGUCACCCUCCGCCACAGCCAGGUGUUCAAGGUCUCCACGGUGAAGAGCAUCUACCUGUCCGACAACGCCCUCACCAGCAUCCCGGCCGACCUGUUUGCAGGCUGUUACCAGCUGGAGAACGUCUAUCUCCAUGGUAACCCUUGGUCAUGUGACUGUCACAUGGAAUGGCUGGGCGAAUGGGCUGAAAGGAACCCUGGUGUUUUGAAAUGCAAGCGUGACAAGAAGAACUCCCUCAUGCCAGUAUGCCCAGUGUGUGAAUCUCCAGGGGCCCUUCGCAACAGCAGCCUGACUCAGCUUUCCAGAGAGGACUUCACCUGUGCCAAGUCCUGGAUCCACCCUCAUCUAAAGCAGCGGAACCUCACCCUGGAUGAGGACAACUUCACCCCGGUCUCUGCCAAGGACUUCAUAGCUCCAAUCGGCUCACUGGAAAUGAAAGUAACGGACGAGGUCCACAAUGAUGCAACUUUAUCGUGUGUCGUUCAGAGGCCCUCUGGAAUAGACAAUCUUAACCUGACACAAUCUCCAACCGAGGAGGACAUUAUUGUGCUGAGUGCAACGAUAAGCACAUCAUUGGUGUGUAACAUGGACUAUGACCAGAUUCAGCAGCUGUGGCGCGUGUUGGCCAUGUACAGUGAGACGCCCAUGAGGCUGGAAAGGGGAACGCUGCUCACCAUGUCACCGCAGAUGAGCUACAAAUACAGGCAGGUCCAGGCCGAGGAUGAGGAGAUCUACACGGAGGUCGAGGCGGACCUUAAAGCCAGCCCAGCGUGGCUGCUCCAAGGGCAGAUUAGCCUACAGCUGGAUCGUACAACUACUACCUACUCCACACUUCACAUUAAGUAUUCUUCUACUGUCCAGUUGCGUGCGGAAAGAAAGAAUACAAGGAGAGACAGAUACAGCUGGACGAUGAUCAAACAAGACAACAGGACUAAAACAGAGCAUGCGGUUAUACUUGGCAGCACCACACACCUCAACUGCGAGAUCACUGGAGAACCAAAACCUUCCGUGGAGUGGAUCUUGGCAGACGGCAGCAAAGUCAGGGCACCGUACCACAGCGAUGACAGACGGAUUACAAUCAGUGACACGGGAAAACUAACGCUGACAUCGGUCGACCGAGCAGACGCUGGGAUUUACCGAUGUAUCACCACAAACUACUUAGAUGCCGACGUGCUGAUCUUUCGGAUUACAGUUUUGUCACCAGACGUGGAGGAGACAGAGGUGAAUGGGGUGCAGCUUUCUAGGUUACUAGGCCAAAGCCUGCUGCUGGACUGCGGGUCUGCAGGAAGCCCCGAAGCCUCUAUUCAGUGGAUACUUCCUGACCACUCGGUCCUGGAUAAAUCAAGCGGUCACAGAGUAGUCUACAGUAACGGCAGUCUGGGGAUACAGUCACUGACCGAGAGAGACAGAGGAUUUUAUCGAUGUUUGUCUUCGAAUUACCUGGGAGUAGAUUUAUUGACAUCCCAAGUGAGUAUCACUGAUAUGGGACAAAAACGAGUGAAAAUCAUAGAUUCUGAAUCCGAAGGCUCAGGCAAUGAGAUGGACUCAGAUGUGGAGGAAACCGAGACGAGCUACAAUGGACUGAUAACUCCACACGUGGCCCAAAGAAAUAACCAAGAAUCCAGGACUAUUACCUCAGACAGGCCAUACCCUAGGUUUAGGCAUCCACAUAACAGAAGAGGUCAAAGGGUAAGGGGGAACAGUAUAAGCAAUAGGAGAACAUGGGGAAAUAGGCGAGUGUUUGACAAAGGAUCACGUAAGGUGGAUCCUCAAAAAUUUGCAGAGUUCAUGAAGAAAGCCCAAGCUGGACAACAGGCAACAAACAAUGAGAUAGUGAACACAAAUCAACAAGGUGGAGGCUUCAAGUCAGACGCAGGGCUCUCGGGUGAUGGGGAUCUUGGUUCGGGAGAGAGUUUGGCAGAGGAUCAAAUGUUAGCAGUGCCAGGUGGUGUGGUGACACCCACACAUAUGCCAGAGACCAAUGAAUUGGACGAUAGUGACAAUGAUAGUGAUAUAGAUAAUGAUACGGAUAUUGAUAGUGAGUUGACAACCACAGAAGCUUUUAACAACAACCAUGGUGGCGUCAUGACAACCAUGGAAUAUUAUGACAAAUAUGACAGGAUUGUUGACUCAACAACAGAUAUGUCUGUUUAUAAUAAGAUUGGUUCUUUCAGCACCACUGAAAAGUUAGAUAACAGCUGGAGUGGCAUCGUGACAACCACUGAACUUUCAGAUGACUCUCAAGACAUUGAAAUUACAACCGCAGAGAUGCCAGUUGUUUCUUUUACUAGUGCUCUCUCAGAGGAUACAGAAAAAGUAACAAUGGGGUCUUACUACACACCUGACGCUUCACCAAUAUUCUUCCCUGCUCUGGGUGUUACCACCAACAGUUAUGACAUGCAAAAAGAUGAAACGACACCAUUUUACAACAAGCAGUCAUACUCAAGAGGAUUUGCAGACAAAAAUAAAGAUUAUAAUUUCCAAACAAGACCUCAACAUACAUUUAAGCAACCAGUGACACUGAAGUUGACAGUGACCGAAUCAAGCGAUGAGAUGCAGCUCAUGUUUUCUGGCGAGUCAUCGACUGAGGCAAUGUCUGUCGUCACUGACCCAAAUGUCACUCCAAUGAUGGAUAGCCCAGCCCCUAGGUUAAAACCAGUUGUGCACACCUCAACUGACCCUGACAGCCAGACUACAUUCACAGCUGUAACUACAACAGAACGGGAGAAAGAUGAAAUCACUUUUCACACCACUCAGAAGAUCAAAUCUCACCGCCUGCCAGCUGGCUCUACCAUCAUCUCUCGUCAGCAGAUACAAAUAAUACCUCCCAACCGAAAACGGCCAGGUAGAAGGCGCAACUUUCCUAACAGGCGCAGAAUAGUCAGACCAAACAAGAUCACUGACAUUCAGUCAUAUAUAGAUAAACUAAAGAAGCCAUCAGUCACACAGAAGGGUGAAGCAACAGUGCCAUAUUCAGUGGAGUUAACCACUGACUGUGACUGUGAUGACACAAAGAAAAACCAAACACCAUCUCAGCAUGGCAAGAAAACAGACAAUGAGAGAUAUUCAGAGCAGAAUUCCGAUAGAACCACUCAAACAUAUACUUCCAGGCCUGCUACCACACACAUAAGAACUGAAAGCUCAUAUGGUUACAUGACAUCAGCUGAUGCUCCUGAGCCGGAGACGACACAAGACCCAAGGGCAUAUCGUUCAACAACCACUAUAGCCACCACAACUAAAAAGUCAUCCAAAGUAGUCCGUGGUAAAAUACCCUGGCAUAAACUUUUUGGAACCAAAGAGGGCCAGAGAGAACUCUUGAACAGAUUGCGUAAACCCCCCAAGUCCACUGUCACAACAAGGAAAAAAGCAACUACAACCACAGUACCACCAACAACAGCCUCAACAACAAUCCCAACAACCACCACUGAACCCGAGGUGGAAACUACUUUCCUGGCAACAGUGGAGUCCCUUGUCCCACCAGUUGCUCACUCACCCUCUAUGUCUGAGAAAGACAUUGAGACAUCUGCAUUUGGUUCGGAAGAGUCAGAUCCUGAACUUUUUAACCAACCAUCCACCACUGUGACUCAGCCUCCAACCACAAGGCAGACUACCACAACUGCUCCCACAUAUCACGCAAGACACUCUGUGGACACCGAUUCCUCCUCAAGUACAAACCCUCUCGCUGUUCCACCAACAAUAAAGCCAAGGAGAGAAGAUGUCAUUGAAUCAAGCUCGUCUGGAGAAUCUUUGGGGUCAGGAGUCAUCCCGUCUCGAAGGUUUGGUGGCCAAAACAGGCGGUUUGGUUCUCGCAGGCGAUUUAGAGGUCGAAGGCCUAUCAAAAAAGUCCCAACAAAAGCUCCACCCACCACCACCACAACUACCACCACCACCAUGGCAACAACAGAAGAGCCAACUACAACAACUGAAAUGCCAACUGAAGAACCAACUACGACAACUGAAAUGCCAACAGAAGAACCAACUACGACAACUGAAAUGCCAACAGAAGAACCAACUACGACAACUGAAAUGCCAACAGAAGAACCAACCACGACAACUGAAAUGCCUGAAACCUCAACCCUUAUGGAGACCACCACGUUAGCACCAAAGACUUUAUCAAGAACUCGUUCAGGGAGUAGUUCACGUCCGUUAUACACACGCAUUUGGGAGACAGAACUGUCCACCGUGUCCUCAUCGUCAGAGUCAAGAGACUUAGAUGACGUAGACUGGAGAAUCCCAUCAUAUUACUCUACCAGUCGACCAAAAGAGUAUCCCACGCCAAGGCCUACAACAGCUUACCGUCCACGAAGCACUCCAUCAUCAAGGCUGUAUGGAACACCACGUUCACGAGUACACACCAGCAGAGAGGGCCACAGAGACAGAGCCAAUAGCCAUUACAGAGUGCAUCCAGACAGGUAUGACUACUACCCAACACAGAGACCUACAGUGAGGCCUGUCAAGCCAACCAUGUCUGUUGUUUCAGGUGAUACUGAUAGGGAAAGAACAUCAACCCUGGACACAACAACAGGUGUUACCACAGAACAGUACUACACAAGCAGGCCCUCUGUCUAUGACUAUGACAAACACGCGACUGAUAGUGACUAUUAUUACGCUAAAGAGCAUGACACUACAACCUCCAUUACCACUCGCACGGAGCCGUCCACAGAGGAUAUGCCAGCCAAGCCGAGGAUUAUGGGGGGAAACGCUGCCAGCUUCACUGUGAUGUCCAACUCGGAUGCACUGCUGGCCUGCGAGGCUGAAGGAAACCCUCCGCCCUCCAUCAGCUGGAGGAGGUUCUCAGUAAGCACAGGGAGCACAUUGACCAUCAGAGGGAAGAUGGGCAAAUUCGAGGUUCUCCAGAAUGGCACUCUGUACAUCCAGGAUGCGAACAUCAAGGACCGUGGCCAGUACCUGUGUCUAGCCGAGAACGACUACGGCACGGACAAGCUCAUCGUCACACUCUCCGUGGUGGCGUACCCAUCACGCAUCCUGGAGCCCAAGGUCCGUGACGUCAAGGUGCAGUCUGGCAGUAAAGUGGAGAUGAACUGCAAAACCGAGGGUCGCCCGACGCCCCUGGUGUCAUGGAUCCUGGCCAAUCGGACACAGGUGAGAGGCCAGAACGGGGAUAGCGGCAAAGUCUGGGUCACACCAGAGGGGACAUUGGUCAUCAGGCAAGUGACCGUCUAUGACCGCGGUCACUACAAAUGCAUCGCCAGCAAUGCGGCAGGGGCUGACACUGCCACAGUCCGUCUGCAGGUGAUCGCUGCUCCACCGGACAUUGUGGAGGAGAAACGUGAGCAGCUGAGUGCUCGUGCUGGGGAUGAACUCUGGCUGCCGUGCACCGCCAAGGGCAGCCCUCAGCCCACUGUGCACUGGGUCCUCUCUGACGGCACUGACGUUUACCCACAGCGCUAUGUCGAUGAGAAGACCUCAGUGUUCGCCAACGGCACUCUCCACCUCAAAGAUGUGACGAGUGACGACAGCGGGCUGUUUGAGUGCAUCGCCACGAGCCCCACAGGGUCGGAGAGGCGCGUGGUCACCUUGACGGUGGAGAAAUCCGAGAGCCCGCCGCAGAUCGUCGAGGUGUCGCAGCGGAGGACGGAGCUGGAGUUUGGGGACCGCCUGCAGCUGAACUGCUUGGCCGUGGGUGACCCCAAGCCAAAGGUCGUCUGGAGGCUCCCCUCCAAAGCCGUUGUGGACCAGUGGCACAGGAUGGGCAGCCGCCUGCAGGUUCUUGACAACGGCACCCUGAUCAUCGACUCGGUGAGCGAGAAGGACGGGGGCGACUACCUUUGCGUGGCCCGCAGUGACAUUGGUGACGACCUGCAGCUCCUGAAGGUCUCUGUGUCCAUGAAGCCCGCCAAGAUCGAGACCAAGGUCCAUGGCAAGAAACAGGUGCCAUACGGGAAAGACCUCCGGGUGGACUGCAAGGCCUCUGGCGCGCCCAUGCCAGAGAUCUCCUGGGGCCUCCCCGACGGCACUGUGGUGAACAGUGCCAUGCAAGCGGAUGGAGCCAGGAGGGGGCGCACCAGGCGUUACGUCCUGUUCGACAACGGGACACUGUACCUGAACCAGGUCGGCAUGGCGGAGGAAGGGGACUACACCUGUUACGCGGAGAACACCAUAGGCAAGGACGAAAUGCAUGUGCACAUCACCGUGGUUACAGCGGCGCCUCGGAUCCGCAUUCCCAGCCACACCUACGCCAGGGUGGCGCCAGGCGGGAACAUCCGCUUCGACUGCGAGGCUAUCGGAGAACCCAAACCAAAGAUUCUGUGGAUGCUCCCCUCAAACGACAUGAUUGCUGCUUCCAAUGAACGCUAUUUGAUGCACGUCAACGGUUCUCUUGACAUCCGUGACGUAAAGCAAGUGGAUGCAGGAGAAUACGUCUGCAUGGCAAGGAACUCAGCGGGCGAGGAUAGUAAAGUCUAUAGACUGGAUAUUAAUGGGAACCCGCCUGUCAUAAACGGACACCAUCAAAACAGGACUGUCAUUAAGGAAACGGCAGCAAAGUACUCGAGAAAGUUUGUCGAUUGCGUAGCUGUGGGAGACCCGCCACCAAAGAUCACAUGGAUUAUGCCGGAUAACAUUUUCCUCCACGCACCGUACUACGGCAGCAGAAUCAACAUCCACCGCAACGGCACGUUGGAAAUCCGUAACGUCCGGCCGUCGGACUCGGCCGAGUUCAUAUGCAUGGCGCGCAACGACGGCGGAGAGGCUGUCAUGGUGGUACAGCUGGAGGUCACCACCAUGAUGCGAAGGCCCAUCUUCAAGAACCCGUUCAACGAGCGGGUGCUGACGCAAAUGGGCAAGACCACGGUGCUGAACUGCUCCGCCGAUGGCCACCCGCGUCCAGACAUCACCUGGACGAUCCCCAACGGCACGCGGCUGACGGCGGAGGCCGAGCGGGGCGCCCAGCACCACCUGAGCAGCGACGGCACCUUCAUCAUCUACAACCCGAGCAAGGCCGACACCGGGAAGUACCGCUGCGCCGCCAAGAACACCGUGGGUUACAUCGAGAAGCUGAUUAUCCUGGAGGUGGGCCAGAAGCCGUACAUCCUGACGCGGCCUCGCGGGAUCAUACGCAGCAUGGCCGGCGACUCGCUCUACCUGCACUGCCUGGCCGACGGCAGCCCGCGGCCCAGCAUCUUCUGGACGCUUCCUGGAGGCCACGUGCUGUCUUACCCGCAGUCCACCGGCCGAUAUCGGCUGAUGGAGAACGGCACCUUGGUGGUCCAGGACACGGUGCUCCACGAUCGCGGGAAUUACUUUUGCAGAGCGAAGAAUUCGGCCGGCGAGGCCCUGCUCACCGUCCCUGUUGUCAUAGUCGCGUAUCCGCCCAGAAUCACGACGGGCCCUCCUCAGACCAUUAGGGCUGUGACAGGGGUUCCUCUGAAGCUCCACUGCGUUGCGACCGGACUCCCCAACCCGGAGAUCGUGUGGGAGCUGCCCGACAGGUCGGUGCUUUCGACGGCGGCGCAGGGCCGGGCGUCGGGCAGUGAGCUCCUCCACCCGCAGGGAACCCUCGUCAUUCAGAAGCCCACCAAUGCAGACUCUGGCGCCUACAAAUGUUUCGCCAAAAAUCACCUUGGCACGGACACGCGGGUCACUUACGUCAGAGUUAUUUGAAAUGAAACGAGCUCGCAGUAGAGAGAGGGGAGUGAGUAUGGUGGUAUUAAUGACAUUUGACUUCACAACUCUCUGCGCUCAAUAUGGUUUGCAUCAACAUUUAUCUGCAAGAAAGAAGUGUUUCCAAUCACAACUGGAAAAUUGUUGACUUGUUUCAAGCCGUGGCCCCAUGUUCUGUAACAGGGAGUCCAGGCAGUCCAGGCAGUCCAUAUCUGGGGACGUUGAAGCCAAGAACUGAUGGGUUGCCCUGUUGUUCAGUGUGUUGCGGAUUAUUGGCUCCUUGGCAGGGCUAGGCAGUAUCUGUGAGGUGCUGUUUUCAUUGCAAUGAAUCAGAGUUCUGGAAACACAAUAGAGGCCUCUGGUUCUGUGGGAGGACAAUAUGUGAGUCAGCUGCACAGCAACACACACACAUGCACUCACACACACACACACACACACACACACACACACACACACACACACACACACACACACACACACACACACUCACAUGCACACACACACAAACACACACACUCACACACAAGGGGGUUGAGUUGAGCUUGGCUAUGAAUAAGGAUACUAUCCCAGCCUCGAUGGAGGGUGAGAGCUCUCCCCUGGGAGUUCUAUUCCCAGGCGUUGUGCCAAGUUUGCAGCUCUCAAACAGUAGUAAAGUGAUGAACUCACCACCACAGACCGAAGCUAGGGCCGGAGAAUGGGGAAAGCAGCCUCAAAAGAAUUACCUUUGAUUUCUUGGCAUACAUACAGUUUCCACUUCUUAAUCUAAUUGGCCCCUGUUUACAUAACUUUGCAGACAGCGUACAUAUUUUUGCAGUUUUAACACUGGAUAUAUUUUUUUCUACCAAGAUACCCUGCUUUUUUUUAACCAGCACAUAGGAAAUGGUAUGUAAAUUGAUAAAGUGUAUUUGAAAUUAUGCCGUUCUGGGUAUGAGGUUAUAAAGGUAUGUAUAUAGGAUUGUACUGCUUUCGUGUAAAUGUGCAAGGUCAAAUUACAGUCUUACAUUUGUAUUAUCCCUUCCUCAGAAUACAUGAACUUUUUUACUUUGUAAGUAAUAAUAUGCCAUGCCAAUAUUUCACCGUCUCGUAACAAUAAAUAUUGUUUGAGGAUAACUUAA